AUGUGGUCUGCAAAACCAAUCGUCUUCAUUCUCACCCUCUUCGGAGGUCUCUGCUAUGUUUUGGCAGAUGACGGCGAUCUCGAGAAGGUCGUGAAUCUUUUCUUGACGAAGCUGACAACGGCGUACAAAGAACAAGCUGAUAACCUACCGGACUUCUUUGAAGACUCCUUCACUGCCCGUGGUUGCACGAAGACCGUUCAAAAAGCCGAAUUCAUCAACGCCAUACUUGACAAUCGGAAUGCAGAUCCUGAUUUUCUCGAUGCAAUCUUCAAUGCGCAAGUAGUGAGCGUUGAAUACGAUGGAAUCAGAUACAGAAUCUACUCGGGAAUAACAAAAGGUUCAACUGAUUUCAUGUUGAAUACCACAACAAAUCAGUUGAGCUUUGCAGAAACUGUGCGUUGUUAA